GCCCACUCGCAAUAUUCACUACAAAUCAGAAAGACAACACAACCGAGGAAGUGUGUGUCUCUUCAAAUUCCUUUAGCAAUUAUGCAUCUGAGCAUGUAGGUCUAGUGCCCAAAGUUUCGCGUCAGGCUUUAUUUUGAAGGAGAUUCAUCUGCGUUAGCUUCAGUGACACUCCGUCCAAAGCAGCUUUCUGUGGAACCGCAACACGUGGAAAUCCACGGCCACGAACCGGCUGAUAAAAACCUUUGUACUCAACACGGAGCCGCCGACGUUAACGUGACACAUAGAACAUGGACUAUCUGCCAGAUGACAACUCCAGGUACAAAGAUGUUGAGUACUGGGAUGAACGGUAUAGGACGGAGCAGUGCUACGACUGGUUGGGCAGCUUCUCCAAGUUCCAGCACAUCCUGGAAAAACACGUCAGGAAGGAUGAAUCUAUUCUCAUACUUGGAUGCGGAAACAGCAGCAUGAGCGGUGACAUGUACGGCGCCGGCUACCGCUCCAUCGCUAACGUGGACUACUCCUCGGUCUGCAUCGGCGCCAUGAGCGCCAGGCACCGCGGCUGCACGGGGAUGAGCUGGCACCAGAUGGACGUGCGGCGGCUCGGCUUCCCCGACACGGCCUUCGACGUGGUGCUGGAGAAGGCCACGCUGGACGCCAUCAUGGUGGAGGAGAAGACGCCGUGGGAGGUGGGGCCUCAGACGGGCGCUUUCAUUCACCAGGCACUCACGGAGAUUAGCCGCUGCUUGAAGCCUGGAGGGCGGUUCGUGUCGAUCACCUUCGCCCAGCCCUUCUUCAGGAAGCGCCUCUAUGCUCGCGGCGAGUACGACUGGUCAGUCACACAUCACAGCUACGGAGAAGGCUUCGAAUACUUCGUCUAUGUCAUGACAAAGGGCGAGAAGCUCAGUCCAGCGGAUGCAGCUCUGGAGAGGAAGCAGCGGGAGGACCUCCACCCGGCUCCUCCCGUCCUCGCAUCAGCACCAAGUGACGACGAGGAGGACUUUCUGUGCAAUAUUGAUUUAUGAAACGACUUUUUAAUCCAAAGGAAGGUUAUUGUUCUUAUUGUUUCUGCCUCAGCUCCUCCGAUUGUGUCACAGUCCGUCUGUGGCAGCACCAGCCUGUCUGCCCAAGACAAAGCAACACAUCUGCACAAGCACAUACAGUAACAAACCCUGUGUUAAUGUCUAUUCAUACUGUACGUCAGUGAGACCCCCCCCUCGCCCUCCUUUAGGUUCCACCCAAAACGAGUCGUCCACCGACACGCCGGCGCCGCAUGUGGCCAUAAACACACACAAGUAUAAUAGUUUGUCCUGCGCGUUGUUUGUUCAGGAAACAUGAGACCUUGCUUAAAUAUAGACCAGAAAGGGGAGAGAGAGAGAGCCGGGCGUGCAGACAGGCGGGAUGGCUGGUGACUGGAGGAGGGGGACCACAUUAAUAAAGGAGAAAUCAUUUAUUUUUAAUUCUCCACUGAGAUCUAAUUACCGACUAUUUUUAAGACUUGAAAAAAGGUGUGUGAUUAUUCAGACGCCUCGUGUUACGUCCCAUGAUUUGUCGGCUGCUGGGAGGCUGCGAGGGUCCGUUUUACAUCAGAUGCAACGUUGUCUCGCUAAUCUCUCAUAUUUUGUAGCCGUUGUAGGGCUUUCAGUCAUAUUGCAUCAUGGGCAGGCCAACAGUCCCCUUUAGUUACUGUUGCCAGGUCUGUCCAAGUCUCUGUCUGCACUAAGGAUGUAUUAUAAGAGCUGCUUCUAGUGGGACAUUGUAACUUAAAAUCCCCUGCAGGCCAAAAGCCUUUUUUUCCAUGUAAUGUGGCCCGUGCAGCAGAAAUAAACCCAGAUCCGUGGCUCUCACGCAGUAAACAACAUACGAUGCCAAUGGUGGACAAUGAUGUCGCAAUUUCAGAUCUAGAGUCCAAGAAGACUUAGAGUGGAGAGAAAUAUACAGAACCCGACCAGGUUCUUUAAGGUUGAUACACUAACAGAGUGCAUGGGAGUGCUGUGUUACCACGUUCUUUGGCUGUAGGCUCCCACAGUGCAGCGUCUGAUGGAUUCAGGACUGUGGAAAGACGGAGGAGUUCGGCCUCCUCUGUGUUAAUAAAGGAGCGCAGUGGAGUCCACUGCUUGCAGUUCAUUCAGGCUGAGUGAUGUGCAGUGGCGGAGACCCCAACAGUGAGAUUUAACUUGACUAGACUUAGCUUAUAUAACCACAGAGCAGGGCUCAGUCCCCGUGCAGGAGAGCUUUAGCCACCGCCUUCCUCAAAAUCUUUUGAUCUUCGCUGAGUUUUUUGUUUCCUCGGCUGAUUGCCUGUCAUGCAGGUGUCUGAGGCUUUGAUUUAAUAUAGAGGCCUGUGUGCGCGAGAGAGUAGAGACUUUUCUCUCUUGCUGGUAAUUGUCCUCCAUGCUUUGUUGCCCAAGGGCAGCAACAGCGCUAAUCUACUGCAUGCUCAAUGCUUUUCUCUCGCUGUCUGUCUCUGGUUGACUUUCCCCAUCACUCGUCUCCGCUCACCGUCGGUGAUUAUUACACAAGGUGAUUAAUGGGCCGGGGGAGAGAAUGAAAGAGGUAAUUCUUCUACAGACAAUUCUGAUCUUUUCUGUGACUUGCCUUUUGUGGUCAGAUGGAUAAUCUGGUCAAAACUAUGUAAACAUGGCGGUUGUAAUACAGUAAGAUGAAAAUCCACCCUCCUGAUCGUUCGCGCAAUCACCAGUUAUUCCUGUUGGUGGAAACCAAUCUGCAUCAGACUACAAAAAGCCCUGCUGCUGCUUUCAGCAGCUCUGUACGUCUGCCCGUCUCCCCCGGGGCGGCAUAAUGGCAUAAUAUACUGUAUGGCAGGCUUACGUAACGGGGGCAGGAAUAUUAAUGGACGUCCACUCAGGAUGGGCCCAAAGUGGAUUUAGAUCAAAGCGCCGGCCUCGCUGGUUUGAACCAGGGGCUGAGAGUCGCUCUCUGCUGCGUGUGUGCUUGUCUGUUUGACGGAUGACAACAGGGGCCACGAUGGCUCUGAAGAGCUACGGCGAGAGUCAGAACUAGUAUCUUAGCAUAACACACUGAACGAAUGAACAUCUAUUAGCAGCACCUAGCUAACAGUCAUGUAGUCUACUAGGACUAUUGCAGCUUUUUGCUUUCCUCCUGUAUUAUAUAACAGUUCAGAGAGUCAUCACCACUGGCAUCAGAAACUGGAAACUGGAAAUGGUCACAUGUCCACAAACCCAUGACACACAGUUCAAUAUCCAGCCAAAUAUGUCGGUCCGGUUCCGCCCAUUGGCGUGAAGAGUGUAAAUGUCCGUGACCUCCGACAGACGCAUCCUCCACAACAGCGCUGAUGCUGUCGGGACAAUCGAUAAUCCCACUGAUGCUGACGCUGAUGACGUUCUGUUGAUGCCCCGUUGUCGGACUGGAAGCGCAGUUCAGAGGACAGUCCAGAUCAGUGCUUGUGUUUUGUUUUUAUUCCUGCGUCCCGACACCGCGGAUGCUCUGUGACACUGCAGGCUCACGGCCUCUCACCGAGUUGCGACCGGCGCUCGGUGCGGCUUCUCGUAGCGCAGGUGGAGGAGAGGCGAUUAUCGGCCGACACAAUUUCCUGAGUGACACACUUGGCAAACAGCGUAGUACAGUGUUCGUCGCCUUUCCUCCCACCUGACAGCUUUGACUAAUCACAGGUCACUGUUCGUGUAAUAAAGCAGUGAUUGACAACCAGAGGUGCUAAUUCAGGAAAGAACAAAGAAUUAGGACAGAAUAACAAACAGACGUCCACACAUUUGUGUUCAGUGAGACAAUGAAGACACAGAUGGGACUCUUACUGUGUGUGCUGUGAUAUCUACAUAGUACUGUAUAUACGGUCACAGUAUGUUUCUCACGCCUCCAAAUGGUUUUUAUAUAAAUCCAAAUGAGAAAAAAAAAAAAUAAAUAAACAGAUUGUAGCAUA